GUGAUGCUGCUUGGUAAUCAUUGGUCGGUGGCUUUUGUGGGCGUGGCGUAGUGACAGGUGAGAUGGGAAGUCCUGCCCAUUGCCGGCCGGCCGGCAAACAAGCUACGAAGUCAGCAUUGGGAGGCUACUGGCUACCUGACGACUUUUACUGGGACCAUGUGGGUUUUCGGCUAUGGGUCCUUGAUCUGGAAGGUGGACUUUCCAUACGAGGAGAAGCUGGUGGGCUACAUCACGUGUUACAGCAGGAGGUUCUGGCAGGGAAGCACUGACCACCGGGGGGUCCCGGGCAAGCCUGGAAGAGUUGUGACACUUGUUGAAGAUCCAGAGGGCUGUGUGUGGGGUGUCGCAUACAGGUUACCAGAAGGAAAGGAGGAAGAAGUGAAGGCGUACCUUGAUUUCAGAGAGAAAGGCGGCUACCGGACUACGACUGUUGUCUUUUAUCCAAAAGACCCUUCGAUAAAACCAUUCAAUGUACUGCUGUAUAUUGGAACCUGUGAAAAUCCCAACUACCUCGGCCCAGCUCCAUUAGAAGACAUCGCAGAACAGAUUUUUAGUGCAGUCGGACCCAGUGGAAAAAACACCGAAUACCUGUUUGAACUUGCAAAUUCACUUAGGAGUCUUGUACCGGAAGAUGCGGACGAGCAUCUGUUUUCUUUAGAAAAACUAGUGAGGGAGCUUUUGGAAAGACAAAAUAUAAAUUGUAUAUGAAUUGCUAGUACAUUUGGUGACAUUAUGGUAAGCUUUUCCUACACAUAAUAUGUUUGCACAAUGUCAUGAUUCAUGCUUUUUAAAAGGGUUAUAGAAUAAU